UUUUGAGGUUAGUUAGAUGAUAACAUUAACUUUUCUUUCCUAUUUGUAAUCCGUAGUUUCACCCGUUUUACUCUAAAAUUUUAUCCACAAACAUCCAAGAUGUUGAUGCCAAAAAAGAACCGUAGGGCUAUUUAUGAAUAUCUAUUCAAAGAAGGUGUUAUGGUUGCUGAAAAGGACUUUCACAAACCAGUGCAUCCCGAUUUAGAAGGCAUCCCAAAUUUGCAAGUUAUCAAAGCUAUGCAGAGUCUCAAAUCUAGGGAUUAUGUCAAAGAACAAUUUGCAUGGCGUCAUUAUUAUUGGUAUUUGACCAACGAAGGAAUUCAAUACCUUAGGGAUUAUCUACAUUUGCCAACUGAGAUUGUUCCUGCUACAUUGAAAAGACAAGCUAGACAAGAUCCAAGAGGACCCAGAGCUGCACCAGGUGCAAGGCCUGAAGGUGGUCGAUCAGGUGAAGACAGAGCAACUUACAGGCGUGCUCCAGGUGCACCUGGAUCAGACAAAAAAGCUGAAGUGGGCGCUGGUACUGCUGAAUUGGACUUUAGAGGGCCUGGUGCAUUUGGUGGAUUUGGUCGUGGUAGAGCUCCACCUCAAUAAAUGUAAUUAUUUUUAUUACUCAUAAUAAUAA